AUGGCAUCACAAGAUAUUGAGGAUCACAUUGAUGAGGGAGCUGGCGUGGUAGAAGUCAGCUCCGAAAGCUCUGAGCUUACACCUUCAACCUCCAACCAAGUCAAAGAAGCACAGGUGACCGAAGGAGAAGUGAUCUUUGAUUCUUCAGAAGAUGAAUACCCUGCCCCCUCGGAGGAAGAGAAAGCAACCCUUCGAAAGGUGGCGGGAUCCAUGCCUCUGGUUUCCUUUUCACUCUGCUUGGUAGAGCUCGCUGAGCGUGCAUCAUACUAUGGCGCUUACACAGUGUUCUCCAACUUUAUCGAGUUUCCACUGCCAAAAGGUGGUAAUGGUGCAGGUGCACCCCCAAGAGGAUCGCAAGAGACAGCCGGAGCCCUGGAUAUGGGCCUUCAAGCAAGUGAUGCGCUGGUCCUGUUGUUUGUCUUCCUGGCUUACAUUAUCCCCAUCUUUGGCGGUUGGUGGGCCGAUGUCUACGUUGGUCGUUACAAGGCCAUCAUCGUCGGCGUUCUAGUUUGUGGUGUCGCCCAUAUCAUCCAGAUUGUCGGUGCCAUCCCAUCAGUUCUGGAAAAGGGUAAAAGCAAUUCCGCACCACCGUUCAUCUUGGGACUCUUGAUUUUGGCGGUGGGUGCCGGAAUCUUCAAGCCUAAUAUUGCACCAACUAUUCUUGAUCAGAACAGACACAAGACAGCCUAUGUGAAGACAUUGAAGUCUGGAGAGCGGGUCAUUGUCGAUCCGGAAGCAACCGCUACCCGAACAAUGCUUCUAUUCUAUGGUUUUAUCAAUGUCGGUGCUUUUUACAUGCUUGCCACCACCUACGCUGAGAAGUAUGUCGGGUACUGGCUCGCAUUCCUGUUGUCAGGACUCAUUUACUUCUUACUCCCAAUUCUUUUGAUUGUUAUCUAUAAGAGGACUUAUAAAGCGCCCCCUAACGGAGGGAAAGAACUCACCCAGGCUUUCAAAAUCACAAUGGCCGCUCUUCGUGAAAGCAAGUUUCAGGUGUGGCGCAAGGGCUUUUGGGACCGAGUCAAGCCGACGAAUCUGCAGGCCAAGGGCGUCACGGUGGAGUGGACUGAUGGUGCCGUGGACAAAGUUGCUAAGACCAUGGCUGCAUGUGACAUAUUCUGCUUUAUGCCAAUCUGGAUUCUGAAUGACGGAGGCAUCGGUUCCGUCUCCACAAACCAAGGUGCAUCAAUGGUCACGAACGGCGCACCAAACGAUCUACUCAGCAAUUUCAACGCUAUAACAAUCAUUGUGGCAAUCCCCAUCUUGACCUAUGUGAUCUACCCAGCUCUGGACCGUCGCAAUAUUCGAAUUGGCCCAAUUAGCCGCAUCACGUUUGGAUUUGUCUUGGCAACGAUUUCUGGUCUUGCCGGUACUCUGGUGCAAUGGAAAGUAUACAGCCUUUCGCCAUGUGGAUCAUACGCGUCGACUUGCUCGGAAGUUGCAAAUAUUAGCAUCUGGUGGCAGAUUCCAAAUCUGUCUCUCGGAGCCCUGAGUGAGUGCUUUUGCAACGUCACAGCUUACGAGCUCGCCUAUGCUCGGUCUCCCAAGAGCAUGAAGGGCUUUGUGAUGGCAAUCUUCCUUUUCACAAAUGCGUUGUCGAGUGCUAUAGGCGAGAUCCUAGUUCCUGUCACGGUCGACCCCUAUUUGACUUGGAUUUGGGGAGCUCCUACGGUCGCGUUGGCACUGCAGACUAUUGUUUUCUGGUGGAGAUUUAGACAUUUGGAUAACGAGACUUAUGUCGCGGAUGUUGUUGAAGAGUCAUGGAUUCCGGAAGAGCGAACCGAGAAGGGCCUCGUGGCUCACACGACAGAAGCCUAG